AUUGCCCUUCUAGUUUCUAAUCUUCAAAAUCAUUCAUUUAAUCAAUUACGAUUAUUUAUUUCAUUCAAAUUUCAUUUGGAAAUUUCUAAUUAUGAACGUUUGCUUUGCUUUUCGUUUAUUGAUAGAUUUCCUGGUACUGGCGUGGAUUCUUACUGUUACCGCAACUCAAUGUGUCUCAAAGAGAAAAAUUCGAAAAGUGGAUAAGGAACGUGGUCGAGGAAGACGGAUGAGAGGAAGCCGGAAUAAGGAUGAAAAGUCACCGCCCAAUGAAGAGCAUCUGGAAUAUACAGCUAUUCCACCGUCUCCAGCCACUUCGUCAAUUAAAAAAUCAACGCGAAAAGAGAGAACUGAGAUGAAACUACAAUCAACUCAGAAUAUGCCUACAGAGUCCACCAACCAAGCGUCCACAACUCAACAAUUGUGCCCAACACAAGAAGAUGACUUUUCCGCCCAAAAACAAGCCACCAAGCCUAAAAAGACAAAGAAGAAGGAAGAAUUUUUCGAGGAUCAAGAUGAUGAUGAUACGCUUGGAUGUAUUAAAAGUAUCGAGAAUUAAUUUGUUUGUUUUUCUGUGAAAAAUUAAUGAAUUAUUUUUUU